AUGGACGCAGACAUAUUUAGAGAAAUGUUUCCUUAAGAUUAUAUCAAAAGAUUUUUGGAAAAAAAUGUUAGAAUAGAUGGGAGACAAUUCAAAUAACCUAGAUAGAUUAUUAUUGAAUUUGGAGAAGGAUUUACUAAUUAUUAAUAUGCAGAUUGCUUUAUUUCAAUCAAACAUAUUAUUCGAGAGAUAGAAUCAAAGGAAGUAGAUCUAAAUUAGUGCAUCAGUAUUAGUAUGUAAUGAGACUAAGGAUUAUCAAUUAUUAUGGAUAAUCAAGAAGAUUUAAGUAAUAUAGAUAAAGUUAGAAUUGAAAAACACUUCUUAAGUUAAAUUCAAGAUGUUGUGAUUCAGAUUGUGGAUCCUUAGAGAUUGAGAACUUUAAAUGAUAAAGUUAAAUAAAUUGAAUUAUAUAUCAGAGUAGCUGGUGGUGAUGGAUCAUUAUUGUCCCAUUUAAUAAAUUGUGUUUCCUCUUCUCUAUAAUAAAGUAAAUUUAAUAAAUUAAAAAAUAUUAGUAAAGCAUUUCGAAACUCAAAAUUCUAUAAUUUAUAAGGAAAUCAAAUGUUAAACAUUUGCUGUAUUUGAAGACUAAAUUCUUGUGGAUCCAUCUGAUUUUGAGGAAAAGAAUUCUUCAAUUAUUACUGUGAUACAUAUUUUAGGUGAUGAACAAUUUAUUUUAAAGAAGUAUGAUGGCAAAUCAAUGAAUUAUAAUUUAAUAUAAUAAAUUAUUUAAUUAUUAUGA